AUGGAAUCUAUUCUAUCUGCACAUGAAGUCGGCGAAGGUCUUCCCGUUUUAAUCAUCCAUGGAUGGGAGAUGGAGGGAAGAGUUGAGCAGCUAGACUUUGAGCCAAUUUUCAAUAAAACACCAGGACUUCGCCGGAUUUACGUGGACCUCCCAGGCAUGGGCACAACACCUGCAAAUGAUGUCAAGGAUCUGGACGAUAUAUUCCAUCGUCUGGUGCAAUUCAUUGACUCCCGACUUGGGAAGUCAAGGUUCUUACUUGUGGGCUCAUCAUGUGGUGGCUACCUUGCACGUGCAAUUGCUCAAAAAUACAUUGAACAAGUCGAUGGCUUAUUGUUACGCGUCCCGCUCAUUGAGCCAAAGGACAGCAAGCGCGAUCUUGAUGCUUUCAAGCCUUUGGUCGCAAAUGAGCAACUCAUGUCAGAAAUAUCAGCUGAAGAUAGGACACUGCUUGGAGACGUUCUCGUUCAAACACCUGCCUACGUCAAAACUUUGAAGGCAAAAUACAACAAGGUCUACCUUCCAGCGAUGGAAGUCGCAGACAAUAAGGUGUUAGAUCCGAUACGAGCGGAUCCAGAUCGAUAUCAGUUAUCCUUUUCGCUGGAUGAUGAAACUGCUAAGUUCUUUGCACCUACACUUAUUGUAUGCGGUCGGCAAGACGACAGCGUGGGCUACCGAGACAGCCUUCGCUUGCUGGAGCUCUAUCCACGAUCAACUUACGUUGUUUUAGAUCGUGGUACGCAUGGUCUUCCUAUUGAUGAGACUAGCGUUUUUGAAGCUCUUGUUCGUGAUUGGAUACUCCGGGCUCAUGAAUGGCGUGGUCGCACGGACAUAUGA